AGAAAAUCUCAACAUUCACAUAAAGAUGACAAGGACCUUUACGCUUCUAUCUCUGGCCGUUGCCGUGCUGGCCAUUAACGCCGUCUUCGCCGCUGAUCCUCCAACUCCAGCCGGAGCUCCUAAAGCCAACGGCAACAAAAGCUCACCCACUCCUUCUCCCGCCGCUGCAGCAUCCCCAAAAAAACCAACCGCCUCCGCCCCAACCUCGCCGCCUACGGCUUCUGCUCCCACCGCAGCCAAGAAGAACACUACCUCUACUCCAAGCGCUUCCCCAUCCUCAGGUGGUGGCGCCCCCGCAAAGUCCCCGACAUCUUCGUCAGCCAAAACUCCGUCUCCAAGCCCCGACUCAAGCUCCGGAGGUCCUACCAGCUCGUCUGAAGGUCCUACCAGCUCGUCUGAAGGUCCUUCCAGCUCGUCCGACUCACCCUCCCCCUCGUCUCCACCAGCUCCGACUCCAAACAUGUCUCCUGACGAAGGAAGCCCUAGCGAGGGCCCUGAAGCUUCAGCUCCCACGGGAAGAGCCUCAUCAUUGCUAGGGAUCUCUAUCUCCGGAUCUGUUCUCGCCGCAGUUGCAUGGUUCUUCUGCAUAUGAUCAAAUGUUACUCUUGUGUUUCAUAUUACACUUAAAAGGCUCGUUUCGUUUUUCUUUUUUUCGCUUCCUUAAAAAAGGUUUGCACUCAGGUUCAUUUGAAUUCAUUAAAAAGGACUUUUGAUGAAUAUAAUUUAAAAUUCAUUCAAAAAGAAAAAAA